GGCCUCGCCCUGGCCCCUGUCACCAUGGGAACCUCUCUGAUCAUCACAGCGGUGGGACUGAGCGUGGCCACAGCGGGUGGCCUGACCUCAGCCGGAGCUGGACUCUCCAACACGGUCAACAACUCCAUGGACCGUAAGAAGGUGGAAGCCAUCGUGACGGACUACCAGAAGAAGAUGACCGACAUCAACAAGUGCAUGCUGUUCAUCAAGCAAGGGAUUGAGAGCCUGCGCAGGUUCGAUCUGCUGAAGAUGAAGAAGCACGCGUACAACCGUGACUUCCCGGGCCUCAACAACAUCUAUGAGGACGGUCUCUUGCCAUGGCUGGAAAGGCCAUCCUCAUCAACGCCAACGAAAUCAUGCGUGUGGUGCAGAUAGCCAACGUGGCKGGCAGCACUGCGGCCAGAGCUGUCCAGAUUGCCAGCAUGGCCACCGGAGUGCUCACCGGCCUCUUUGUGGGCAUGGACAUCUACU